AUGUGCUCUGGCAUCCUAUUUGUCGGCCUUGCUGCUGCGAUGUUGGGCGGGGAUCUGAGUAGAGGUGUGCCGCCGAAGGUCGUUUUCGGUGGCUCUUUGUGGGCGCUGUCCAACUUUGCAGUGCUGCCGCUGGUGAAACUGCUGGGCAUCGGCUUAGGCUUUUCCUUGUACCAUUUUCAGAACAUGAUCGUGGGCUAUGUGGUGGGUCGGAACGGUCUCUUCGGACUCCCGACUCUGGAGCCUGCAUUCGAUGGAAGUCUCUACGUGUGCGAUGUGGGGUGCUGCCUGAUCCUGGUGUCAUUUGUUGCACUGCUGCUCGUGGAGGGCGGGGAAGACACGUCCAAGGAGAAGGAAGCCGACAGUUCGCGGAAGACGCCCAAGACUGAAGCUUUCGAAGCCGUUUGUCCCAAGCCGGCCAAGCAGAAGUGCUGGAAGGUACACGGCAAGGGCCAGCUAGGGGAGACUUACGAGGAGGUUCCGGCAGAGAGGCAUCAUCGCCUUCUGGAGUCCAGCGCUUUCUCUGCCUUUGCUUUGGAAGUCGACGAGGGCGACGACAUCGAGGAGUUCAGCCCAGAGGUGCCGGAUGUGGCCGAGGACUGUCGGGGAGGAUCCAUCCUGACAUCUUGGGGCGCUAUGCAAUCAGAAUCCUGCCAUGCAGAUGCGAUGUCAGAGGGAGAGUAUCACGAAAGAGCCAGUGUGCGCAGCAUUGCGCAGCGUGCAACGUAUGACGUUUGUGCACUCAAGGCUACUUUGGCUUUGAAAUUUGAAGGUGACUCCGAGAUUUUCUUUCGGCAGAUGUCACCCCGGAAGCGCCGCCUCCUGCAAGGCCCGAUGCCCGGAAUUCUUCCAACUGGUCUCGGGAACUGCGGGGUGUUCGAGUUUCUGUAG